UGACACGGCUAAGUUGUCGGCAACCAAUGAUUUAGGAGCCCGUCAGCAGACGACAUGUGAGUGGUUGGUAGCCGGGAAGCUGUCAGUCUAGAUAGUCCUACCGUUUUUCACGCCAAUGGCGGGCCUCCAGCCGGCCCCUAUCGCUAAUGACCGCUGCCCGAGGGCCAGCCCCUUUUCUCAAUGGCUGAUACUCUAUCCUAUAUCAUGACUGGGAUUUUUGUUUUAGUCACACAAAUACGUACACACCAUGGUUUGUUUUGGUUGUCCUGAAGAUCAGUCUUCGCUGACCGUCCACUGAAGGAGUGAACCCCCAGCUUGUCAUUAUUAUCAGCAUCGCUAACCUCAUCAAGCGCCGGGCCGCCGAGGAGAUACUCAUACCUAACAAGACAACAUAACUACUGUGCGCUUUAUGCACCUCCUGUGUUUUGACACCGAACUGUCGUGUUGAGGGCACCAAGCUAAGCCGAACCGUGUGCAUGCCGACAUCGCAAGGCCGUUGCCCGAGCUCCGAGCGGCAUCGUCUGUGUUGACCCGCCGGGUUCUACGGCCCUCGUGCCCCGGUACACCCUCGCGGACUCCAGCGCUCCGGUGCAAAUUUACUCAGCGAUUGACACAGCUCUGCAAAUCUCUUCCAAAAGCAUUUCGGAUUUUGCCGCGAACAAGGAGGGAGAAAUUCGAACGGGUUUUACCGCUACUUCUGCUGUUUUGCAUCUCGGGAUUUUCCUUGACAAUCGCUGUUUUAUUGGGAAGACACUGAUUAUUCCAACUUCGAUCCAAGUCAAAAACCAAACUAGACAUCGACCACGACAGCAGCUGUGACGGAGAAGAAACGGGACACACGGAGGAAGCGAUAGGUGCCUGAAUAAGUUGGUCCUUUUUUGGCUAUGGAUUUGAAUCAAACGGAUCAAAACCCACUUUCCCCGCGAGCAAACCGAUUCAGCAUUGCUUCACUGAUUUCACCGGAGGAUCGCGGUGAGGCCGAGGAGGCUUUAGCGGUCGUGAACGGGACCGGCUGUACGGGCGUCUCGUUGCAGAGCACGGGCGACACGUCGCUGGUGGACGCGCUGGAUCACACGGUCGGGGAGUGGGGGUUGCGAUACACAACCGACCUACACACAAUGGAAGUUCCAAGCAAGACCUCGGAGGGGUAUGACGAGAGUUGCAACAACACUCGCCGGUCCUCCAGCCCGCCGCAGAUCCUCAGCGACCACUGCAAGGACAGCACCGGUGGCGGUGGAGGUACCACCAUGGAGCAGAUGACCAAGCUGUCCGGCUCGGCUUCCGAUACCUCCUCCAUGAACGGGGACAGGGAGGGGCGGGUCCGGAGCAGCGACGGGGACGGAGUGGAAGACGGCGAGGAGGGCCAGGGUGUCAAGAGACGGCGACUGGACGAGAAGCCCAUGAGCGCCAAGGUGGUGACGGUGGAGGUGCGGCUAGAGAUGAAGGCACUCUGGGACGAGUUCCACUCUCUGGGGACUGAGAUGAUUGUCACCAAGGCUGGAAGACGAAUGUUUCCGACGUUUCAAGUCAAGAUCUCGGGGAUGGAUCCCAUGGCAGAAUACAUACUCAUGAUGGAUUUCGUCCCGGUAGACGACAAGAGGUACCGGUAUGCCUUCCACAGUUCCAGCUGGCUGGUAGCGGGCAAGGCUGACCCUGAGAUGCCGGGCCGUAUUCACGUCCACCCGGACUCGCCCGCCCGGGGAGCCAUGUGGAUGAAACAGAUCGUGUCCUUCGACAAACUCAAACUGACCAAUAACCUGCUGGACGACAAUGGUCACAUUAUCUUGAACUCCAUGCACCGUUACCAGCCGCGGUUCCACGUGGUGCACGUGAGCGGUCGGAAGGAUUUCGACGACGCUCCGGAGCGGGACUUCAAGACGUUCAUCUUCCAAGAGACGCAGUUCACGGCCGUGACUGCCUACCAGAACCACCGGAUAACACAGCUCAAAAUAGCGAGCAACCCAUUCGCGAAGGGGUUCAGAGAAUGCGACCCAGACGAUUGUAUUCGGGCAUCGUCAGGUCUUGUCAACACACACCAAGGCUCAAGCAUUAUUGAAAUUAUGCCGCACACAAACGGGCCGAGAACGCGUAACCACCACCGUCCCAGCUCGCUUCAGAUUGUGGGUAUCAGCCGGAGCAGGCCCCUCACGCACAGGCAACAGAGCAACGAUCAAAAUUCCGAGGCGAAUCGCAAUGCCACGUCGGGUACCUCAGUGUCCCCUCCUAUGACGUCAGAGCCCUCCAGCACCCUCCCCGGCUCCCAAUUGGUCAAUCCCAACCCCAGCUUCCCGGACCUGGGCCAAUCGCCGAUGACCAACGGCACCUGUGCUACGGACACCUAUCCGACCUACCACCCGGCCGACAACCAGUACAGCUACGGUCCCAGUUGCUACUUUCGGUCCAACACGCGGCCCACGCCCUACUCGCGUGACGUGUCCUACAUGAGGGACACGCGGUACUGUGGCAACGGACUGAGUUACAUGGGGCGGACCAAUCCACAGUUCACCUACGACCCUACCACCAUGAUGAGUGGGAUCGAUCCGCGGAGGAACUACACCCAACACAUGGUCUGAUGACUGCCGGAACUGCUUUUUCAUAUUAUAGUAUUCAUAGGAAGUAUUAUGAUUAUAAAGAGCAAUUAUGAUAACAAAAAUUGUAGAUAUUGCCGGGUUUUUUUCUCGCACGACAAAUCAUGGCAACCAUUCGAAGCGGGAAACACUGUAAAAUCACGAGGAAUCAACGAAAUCAGCAAAAGGUUUCAGUAAUGCUCUUCCAAAAAAUGAAUUAAGUCAUGCAUAAAAAAUGACUCGUGUAGCAUGAGGUUUAAUAUUCAGAUUAACAGUGACUGAGAAUUCUUCAAUCAGAGAAUAACACGAUUUUGAUUAUUCGUUUUGAUUGGUCUUCAACCCAACCACCUCAUUUUGAAUUGUAUAAGCGUAAGUACAAAGCCAUCUAUGAGAUCUGUCAGUCGAGUCAGAUCGCAGGUGUUCAAGAUGCUAGGCAAACGAGUCUGCUGAAGCUAUAUCAAUGCCAUGACAUUGCGCUGGUUUGUUUAAGAACGUCCCGAAGCGGCUAAAUGCAAAACAAAUUUGGUAUUUAUUAGCCGGGGACCAUCUGCGCCAGUUACGCUCAGUGACAGCAAAGUGUCCUCCCGAGUUUUCGUUUCGGUUGCCAUGGGACUUGGUGAGUCCUUAAGGUGCUUUUUUUGAACGGCUCAUUCCGUUUAAACAAAUAAAAAAACAGUUGUGCGAUCAAGUGCGAAAUACCAAGCUGGUCUACGUCAACUGAAGAAACUAGUUUGGAGGGAGAGAAGUUCAGGCGAUGACACCCCAGAGAACCGGUUGACACCGGUUUGGGCCACUCCCGACCGAACCCAACUGGUUUAAUAUUGGGACGUGUGAAGUGUGGUUGGAUACAUUCGACCAGAGUCGGUCGCGUUAGGCCUAUAGCAGACGGCUUUCCGGAGCCCGAUGUCCUGCCGGGAACUGCGCCGAGUCCGCAAGGCGCGAGCGACGAACCGGCGGGAGCGGAGAGCGUACAUCGACGGGUGAAGAAUCAGUUCACACCCGGUGCCUUAUCAUCAUCAUUACCGUCAUCAUCAUUACCAUCAUCCUCGCUCGUCUUCAUCCAUCUCGUCGUCAUCAGUUGCCGUCUUCCCUGUAAUAAGUAAAGGGCACGGCUAUGGCACGUGACUAGUAGGACUCCAACACACUCCGACACCCGUUGACAAACACGGAUGUAACUUCCCGGACGAAACAGCAUGCACUCCGCGCCGCUGCGCCGGUUCGCCAUGUAUCGAGAUUGAUGGGGGGUACAGAGCCUGAGCCUCGUAAGCCCCCUCGGCAGGAAGGGACUAAAAACGCGGUGAUGUUUCGCAUUCACCCCGUUCUUGUCGUGUCUUUGACUACAUAGCCGGGAGACCUGACGGUUUCUGAUUACUUCCAAGCCGAACUCGGCCAUUUGUGCAAGGUGUGGAGUGAUGAGGCUUGGUCGCACGACCGCAAGGCUUACAGCUUCAACUUGGAUAGCCAUGAACUCGGGGAACAUUUGGGGUCUUAUGAUGUCCAAGUUGGUUGACCGGAACUCGCCAUAUCAUGUCGUCACGCCCUUAUUAACGCACUGUAUAAGCAUGACUUACGAAGCAAGCAUCCGAUAGGCCGCAUGUUAUCCAGUUAUCGUGACAAGAAAAAUGGAAGGGUUCAGAAAUACACACUUUGAUGUACUUAAUUAUUCUUGAAACCAUAAUUGCCACGCCCUCACUGAAUUAUGCAUGACUAGGGAGGAUAUUGUAAAACGCAUUGAUGUGAUAUGCGUGGCAGUCAGUUAAUUUUGAUCACUGAUCAGAGAGAUAUCACAUCGAAGGGGGAAAAGAAAAAGAAAUUAAAAAUAAUAAUAAAAGCGUGUGGAAAAUAUUUCAAACUAGAUGUGGAAAUUCCCUGUCAUGUUAAGCUCCUGAAACCAGACUGACUCAAGUCAGUUUCAAUUCGGUUGGAGGUGAGACUUCAGUUGAAGAUUGGUUUUUCCAACGUGUACAGUAAAGUGAAGAAACAAAGCUUGAUAAAAUUAAAAACAAAAUAUAGAAAUUGGACGAUGUUCUGCUCCUAACGAGGAUUUUUUUUUUAUUAUUAAACUGUAUUCAAUCCGUUUUGCAAAGAAUAUUCGGUCAUACUAUAAGAUGCAACUUGUACAGAGGUUAUUUUCCUAUUUUUGUUUUAUAUAAAAGGACUUUGGUUUCAGCCCUAAUUUGGGGCGAUGCAGUGUACAUAAUUUGAAAAGUGUACAUAAAUGUAAUUAUGUUCGUAAACAAAACAAAGACAAGACAAUCUAUAUAGGAGGGACAUGGUUAUAUGCAAAUUAGAUUACUGUUGUCAGCGUUGUCUUGCCGGUCAUGCGCACACGGCGACAUCGAAAUGACGUCACGGUUUGAUUAGCAUAUGCCAUCCUAAAUGAAACACGGAAUGUUCAGAGUAUCAGAAUCAUCGAUAGUAAAGUAAGGUUUAACGUCAAUGCAUCUUUCCGAUGGAAGUUAUUUCUCAGGAAUGUGACUAUUGGGCUGAAAAUGUUCUUAGCGUGAUAGUAUUCCACGAGAUGUAAACAGAAAUAACACCAGAUAACAUCAGUUGUAAACAGAAACGAUUCCGUAUGUAAUAGUCCACACCAUGUACUUGUGUUUCAACCACUUGAAUUUUCCUUCAGUGAUAUCCAAGCAAUGAUGUAACUUACUUAUGUUAAAACAAUGGCAUUUGCCCACAAUAAAAUCAUCUCGUCAGAACCAAGAUGCAGUAUGGUAUAAAAAGUUCUACCACAUUGCCACUGUAAUACUGAAUGAAAAUCACCAAUAUAACAUGAUAGGAUUUGUAUUUUUUAAAUAAAGAUGGAAUGAGAAGUAUUAAAUUAACAGUGUUAUACUUUGACUGGCUCAGCAGUACUGAUUUUGACCAAGCAGGUGAAAACUCGUUUGAUUUUGUUAACAAAUUUGGUUUCAAACUGUAGAGAACAAAACAACGGUCACGCGAAUCUUGUCACAU